AUGAUUUUGAGCUGCGUCACCUGUGCAAUCCAUCGCCAGGAGCAAAGCGAAGAACUCAUGAUAUCUUUACUUCCAUCCAGACCCUGGGAAUGUCUUGGAAUGGACUUUAUCAAGCUCAAAGGGAAGGCAUCCCUCAUAGUUGUUAACUAUUACUUCAAAUGGAUUGAGAUGGACAGUCAAGACAUCAACGUGAACCAAAGAUCAGCCGCAAAGAGGAAGUUUCUGUGGCGAGUCAGACAGAAGUGGAAACUGUUGGGGUUGUUUGAGAUUGAUCGGGAUCAUGAAUUUUAUGACUUUACCUGUAUGCUGAAGGAGGGAUUGACAGCUGCAGUCCAAGUCUCCAUCGACAAUCCACAAAUAGGCAUACUCUGUGAAACAGACUUCAGUGCUGACCUAACUCAGGUGCACAAGGGUUUUGAGAUGAGGACGUUUGCGGGACCUGUAUUUGCAAAGUUCCGGUCCAUGUUGGGAAUGAGCGAGAAGGAUUACCAGCAGUCUCUCAGUUCAGAAGGAUUCUACCUUCAGUUCAUCAGCAACUCGAAGAGCAAGGCCAACUUCUUCCUGACGAAUGACAAGAGGAUUUUCCUGAAAACCCAGGAGAAGAGAGAGAUGAAGUUUCUGCUAUCAAACCUGCGGUCCUACAUACAGCACAUGGAGAAGUACCCACACUCGCUGCUCGUCAAGUUUCUGGGUGUACACAGUAUCAAGAUACCACACGAGAGGAUGAAAUACUUCAUUGUAAUGCAGAGUGUCUUUUACCCCGACGAGAGAAUUGUUACCAGGUAUGAUAUCAAGGGUUGCCAGGUGAGUCGAUGGACAGACCCUGCCCCUGAGGGUAGCAAUGUCAUCGUGGUGCUUAAAGACUUGAAUUUCGAGGGGAACACCAUCUGCCUGGAUCAGCAAAAGUCCUGGCUCAUUCGACAAGUGGGCAUUGACACAGAAUAUCUGAAAGGACUGAAUGUUCUGGACUACAGCCUCCUGGUGGCCCAUCAGCCUCUGCACCUUGAUGAGCGUCGCCAGAGUUGGUCCUUUGCCAAUAUCAUUCUCCGCACUAAGAAGUCGAUGACCAGUGGAGGCAGCCCCACUACCUCAGCAGGAACCUCGGUGCCGGGACUGGUGGAAGAGGAAUCAGCAGUGCUGGUGGCUGAGACGGUGACUGGCACGGACGAGUGCCACGUCAAGGAGAUCCCUGGGGUGACCCUGACCUCAGCAGGUAGCAGCGGGUCGGAGUUGGAGCUGGUGGAGGCAGCAGCUCAGAACCGCCGGCUGUUGCCCAACUUCAGGAACUCUCUGCAUGUCAUCGAUGGGGCCCAAACCCGCUACUUCGUGGGCAUCAUCGACAUCUUCACCGUUUACGGCUUCCGCAAGAAGCUGGAGCACCUGUGGAAGUCCAUCCGGUAUCGGGGGCAAUCCUUCUCCACUGUCAACCCUGAUCAGUAUGCCAAGCGACUGUGCCAGUGGGUAGAUGACCACACGGUGUAGGGUAUCAGACUAGGAGUGAGGGUGGGGCGAGAUGAGGAAGGAACGGGCAAGAGCUUGGAUGUUUAGAGCAACAGAGAGCAGGGGGAGGCUGCUCCCCUUUUAACUGAGUGUAAUCAAUGACUU